GUUGGACACUAUGGAUUUCGCCAUGUCCGAGUCCAAGACAACGGGACCGCCUUCACCGCCGUGUGGGAGAAUGUGACGCUGCAGGAUAAGCCGGAUUUCGGCAAGUUCACGUUCAGCGUGACGCUGCACCAGAGCGGCGACGUCGUCUUCGCCUACUUGCAGGUGCCCACGCACAUUAACUCUAUUCAGGAUAAGGAGCAUCCGGUCAAGGUGGGCCUCUCCGACGCCUAUAUCAUCGACAAACAGCUUUACUUUGUCCGCCGAAAGACAAUCUACGAGUACCACCGAGUCACCUUCCAGCAGCAUGAGAUCAUCAACAACACCAUCAUCAAGCUGACAGCCCAGCCCACCUGUCUUGGCUACAGUGACUGUAAUGCGUGCAUCAAUCACAACACUACGUUUACGUGCCUCUGGUGCUCGGCACUGAAUCGCUGCUCCACGGGUACCGACCGCAAGAAGCAUGAGUGGAUCCAAAAGGGAUGUGAGACUGCCGCCAUCCGUGUGAACAGUUCGUGUCCGGCGCUCGGCGAGAAGGGAAAUAAUGCAGCCCAAAUGAAGGACGGAACCGCCAACAGUGGUGCGGGCAGUGCGAGUAGCCCCACGACGGCGCCCACCGGCUCCUCCACUCCGGUGACGGAGCCCACUGUUAUCAGUACGCGGGCACCGCAUGCCACCGCCCAGUCGAAGCCGGGGAUGGAGGCCGCCAGUGGCGUCCAUAUGGACGGCAAAAUCGGAACAGCCGAUCUUUCGCAUGCGGAGGCGAAAAACAAGAGCGUGGGCGUGGCCUUUGGCUUCAUGGUGCCCAUCUGCCUGGUGUUCGCCGUGACGCUGUGGCUCUUCUACGCGUACCGCAAUCCGCACACCAAGAGCGGCCAGCUGCUCAUCCAGUUCCGUCCCAGCCAGUGGUCAUGGAGGCGUGGCGAGGCCCGCUACACGGCGGCCACGAUACACAUGUAGGGGGUGAUCGCCGGAGACGUAGAGGGGUACAUAGAUCGCGAGACGUGGGAGGGAGCUGCAGCAAAACCGACGGAGAACCAACCAACCUAACCCCAACCCAAAUCCCUGAUGGAGCAGUGUCGUAGACUGGGAACUGAUUUUUACAACACGAACUAAAUCAAGGAAUCGCGGAAAGUGCCAAGAGCAUUCCUGUAUUUUAAUUAAAUUUUAACCCGCUUAUAA